AUGGCUUUGCGAUUCAUAAAACGUACUUACAAUCGAAUGUUUCUCGCUAAAGAUCCAAGGCCACCUUACGCGAGCCAUGUGGUACAAAUCGGUGAUCCUGUAUUGCGAAAUAAAGCAUCCCAGGUCCCUUUGGAAAAAAUUGGGACCAAAGAAGUACAAAAUCUUAUUUACAUUAUGAAAUCACUGAUGAAAAAAUCAAAUCUAAUUGGAUUGGCUGCACCUCAAGUUGGUAUACCGUUUCAAAUAUUUGUAAUUAAUUUUCCGCGUCCAUCCCAUUAUUUCAGCAAAGAAGAGAUAUUAUUGAAAGGAAUGGAACAUGUUGAAAAUCAGGUUUGGAUAAAUCCUGAACUUAAGGUUUUGAAUCACGAAACAGUUACAUUCAGUGAAUCCUGUGCGAGCUUUAAGGGUUAUUCAGCAGAUGUACCUAGAUACAAGCGCGUACUUCUAACAGGAAUUGAUGAAAAUGGGGAGAAAAAAACUUUAGAUGCAAAAGAAUGGACUGCCCGAAUAGUUCAGCAUGAAAUGGAUCAUUUAAAUGGAGUGAUGUACAGUGAUCGCAUGGUGCUUAAUAGCCUAUGUUGUACAGGGUGGCACACUAUUAAUCAAUUUCAAGGAUUUGUAGAACUUCGGUAUGAAAAUUAG